CGAACGCGUCGAUAUUACCCACCCCGACCGGUCUCGUAGAUGAUAGGACAGAUUGGACCGAUAUCGAGCAGACAUCCCUUCUCGAUUGGUCAUUGAUUCAACCCGGUCCUCAUCUUACAAUGGUAUCCUUCAAUUGCUUCAGCCGCCUUGCACCAACACAUCAACAUGUGCGCUCUCCAGACGAAAAAUCCCUGGUCCGACGUCUUGAUAUUUUCCUCAUGACCUUUGGUUGCAUUUCUCAAGUCAUCAAGUAUCUUGACCAGCAAAACAUCAAUAAUGCCUACGUCUCUGGCAUGCAGGAAGACCUGAAGCUCUAUGGCAAAGAGCUCAACUAUUUCUCAACGUUUUUCAAUGUUGCCUACUGCAUCAUGCUUGUUCCCUCGCAGAUUAUCUUGACCUACGUCCGACCCAGCUUCUGGCUUCCUGGUCUUGAGAUUACAUGGGGAGUUAUUACUGGCCUCAUUGCCAUGACUACAAGCGCAAAGCAGGUGUACAUUCUUCGUGUCUUUCUUGGCCUCUGCGAAAGCAGUGCCUGGCCUGGAAUGAUGACUCUGUUCAUGUAUUGGUACACACCAACCGAGCUGGCAAAGCGCAUGGGGUUUUAUCACUCCUGCCAAGCCGUCGGAUCCAUGAUGUCUGGCGCUUUACAGGCUGCGAUCACAGAAACCCUUGACGGACACCGUGGAAUGGCCGGCUGGCGCUGGUUAUUCGUCGUCAACGCUAUCAUGACGGUUGUCUGGGGUGUUGCAGGUAUCUUCAUGAUGCCUGAUCUGCCCAACAACCCGAAUCCGCGUGCAUUUUGGUUCAAGAAAGUCGAUGCGGAGCUGGCUAUGGAACGACUCGCUCGCAACGGCCGUGCCGAGCCGAAAAAGAUGACCUGGGCUGGAGUCAAGCGUACAUUCUCCAGCUGGGUCGUCUACUUCAUCGCUAUUCUCUAUGUCGCCACUGUUCUCGGCACCUACGGAAACGUCUACUUCUCCCUCUUCCUCAAAUCACUCAAGAAUGCCGAUGGAACUGCAAGAUGGACUGUGUCGCAAAUCAACGCAAUCCCGAUCGGGUCGUAUGCAAUUAACGUAGCUUUCGUUUGGAUCUGGGCUCUGCUUUCCGAUAUUAUUGAGAGUCGAUGGACCCUGAUCGUUGCUCAAGCUGUCAUCGGAAUCAUCACAUGCAUCAUCAUGAGCAUCUGGACAUCGCAUCCCGCCUCCGUUGGCCUCACCGCAGCCUACGCAGCUUACUUUAUCGCCUUUACCUGUCUAGGCACGGCGCCUCUGAUCUUCUCAUGGCUUUCCGAUCUAAUCCCGCAAGACCCCGAGGCGCGAUCCCUAAUCGUCGGUAUUUCCGUCGCUCUAUACUACGCCAUUUCCGCUUGGUCGCAGGUCUUGGUCUGGCCCGCCUCGGAAGCACCCUACUACAGCUACGGCUGGCAGACUGGCCUUGCUUUGCUGGUCCUCGUGAUUAUCAUGACCUGUACUCUGCGCUAUAUUGAUGUACGGAUCUUGUUGCCGCGGCGCAUCGCUUUCCGCGCUGCUCUUGACCAGGCUGCGGAGGAUGCUGACCGCAUGUCUGUAGCGUCGGUGGAGCAGGAGAAGGAGGAGCAAAGGAAUUCAGAUGGCAUUAAGGAAACCCCGUCACUUCACUGAGAGUGAUGUAGAAGGGCGCGAAUGCUGUGGUAUGAAUGUACUAAAUUGAAUAUUUUAUGACUGCAAUUUGAAUCUUGUC